UGGUCUUGCAGCCCAGGCAGUUGGAGGAGCGACAUGCUGGCAGGCGGCGGCGGCUGGGUCUGGCUGCCCCUCCUGUGGCUGGUGGGGAGCCGGGCAGGGGAUCCCGCCGGGUAUAAGAGGAAGGUCUCCCUGGAGUAUAACCCGGGCUGGAACAGCUCUGCCGUGAACCUCCUGCACGUCCGGGCGGUGGGUCUCAACGACACCAUCCAUUAUGUUUGGAGUACCAUCGGGGCACCCACUGUGUUGCUGGUCUACACAAGAAGCCAGAGCAGUGGUCUCCACGUCAACUGGACCCAGCUCCUCUCCCCCUCGCCCUCCGGAGCCAUCCAGGUCGAGCCAGCUGGAAGCGUUUUGUAUUCCAUGGCUGUCAUCUUUUCCAAGGUGUUUGAGUACAACGGCACAAAGACCUCGGAUCUCUCCAAAGCUAAUGCAAGCAGCUUCUACCCCACCUAUGAUUUGGCCAACUUCACCUGGGACAGCCUUGAUGGCCGGCUGAACGAGACUACUUUGACAGCGACAUUUCAGGGGGUUGGCCCCGACUCUGGAGGAACUUUCCGGAAUGGAAGCAUCUCCUUCCAGGUGACGGCGUACGAAGAGACCAGCCGCGACGGCCCGCUUCCGCGUCUCCUGCACACGGCCAACAGCUCCAAGGUGGACUUUGUCAUGCGUGGGGUCGCUCCUCGGGGCAACCGCUCUCGCUUUGCGCUGGAGAUCGUCACUGUGGAGGAGAGAGGCGGGCAGAAGCAGCUGGAAUCCACCCGCUCGAUCGACGACGAGUAUACGCCAACCAUAUUCGAGAUGGCCCAGCUGGUUUCUGUCCCCCGCAACGACAGCGCUGGGUUCAGCUUCCUCCAAUGGAAGACGGCAGCGUACAGUGCCUUGCAGCCCAAGCGGGAAGACACUGUCCACUGCGAGUAUUACCAGCUGGAGACGGAGAAUCGCACGGUUCCUCGGCCUAGCAUAGCCCACGCCUACUUUGGGGAAGAGCUGGAGGUCCACAAUGGCGUGGCCGCCAUCAACAUCUCCUUUGGCAGCGAGGACAGCGAGGCCUACCAAGAAAAGAGCUACCUGAGCUGGUCUGCGUUGAUUGGCUUCGGCAAGCCCCCCAAGGACGGGUUCUCCCCCCUCGUGAUCGCAAUUCUCGCAGUGGGGCUGGGGACUCCAGUGCUGCUCCUGGUGGGGGGCAGCAUCACUGUCCUCGUCUCUCGGAAGAAGCCCUAUUCAGAGGAACAAAGCUUUCCCCUGGUGGAGCCCUUCCGAGAUGGUGGAAGCUGCAGCUGUUUCCCUUGCUGUGCAAUAUAAUGAUGGUGGUGAUGAUUUGAACAGCUAUAUCCUUUGGUUCUCUCUCUCUCCGUGAUACAGCUGUCAAAUGUGGGAAGGGAAGCUGGCAACCCGUUUGUCUUUCCCCCCCACAAAAAGGGUAAGCCACUGUUGUUGUGUUUACAGGCUAACGGCCAUGAAACAAAGGACAAAUUGCACUAUUGACUGUUAAGUAACGCACCUUUUUCUUAUUCUGGAAGUUAGGGUCAGAAAACCAGGACACCCCAAAAUUGUUGAGCUUUUUUAAAAAAGGAAAUCUCCGAAAUUGUUGAGGUCAAUUGUCAGAGGGCUGCUUGAAGAGCCAGUUUGGAAGCUCUCGUCUGAAGCGAGAAGGGCUUCCAUUUGAGCUGCGUGGACAUCUUUUGGUGUUGGUAAGGGGAAACCAAUUCUGAUUCCUUCUUUGGUGUGAAGCAGCACAGCACAGCCUAAGGGAAAUCUCCCCAACCUGGUGCCUUCUGGAUGUUGUUCAACCCAGCCAGCACGGCCAAUACUCAGGGAUGAUGGGAAAUGUAGUUCAGCAUUAUCUGAAGGGCAGCAGGUUGGGGAAGGUAGGUCAUGGGGAGGUUUCAUUUGCAGAGGUUGUCGGGGAGUUUAUGUGCAUUUCCAGCUGCCACUUGUCUCUUUUGGACCAAUUAAAGAUUAUUUUGUUUUGGAA